AUGCCUUUUCAACAACUGAAAGCUUAUCUCAUUAUGAAAGUCCUGUGUUCACUCCUACCUGUCGCAGAGCAAUCGCUGCAAUUUUUCUUCUUGGCGAGGAGACUGUGCCGACUAUUACAGGACCUAAUUUUGCAAAGAUAUUCCCAUGCCCGUGUCCGUUGGAGAGGAUGGAUCCCCAUUGUGGCAUUCCCGUGGAGAGGUUGGAUCCCCAUUGCGGCCGGAGAGCCAAGAGAAAUUAAGACCCUCGAUUCUCAAAACCUAGAAUAUCAUUGCCCGCUCGACAACGGCAGACACUCCUUCGAAAUCACCAGUCAAGACCUGGGGGCACUCUCGGCGAUUCCGACGGAGCUCCUGUGGUCGAUCACCAAGCACCUGGAUAUCCCGUCUCUGACUGCAUUCCGCCGCGUCUCGAAGUACGCGAGAAAUGUCGUCGACGAAAGUUUUGAGUAUCAGUUCACUAUGAUACACGCACCGCAGAUUAUACGCGGUGCCUUGACGCUUGAAGCCAACAACUUCACUUUACAAGACGCCUAUGCCACACUCUUGAACGGAAGCUGCACGGAUUGCGGACUCCAGGGCGACUUCAUCUACAUGAUUACAUGCGAGCGAGUCUGCCUCAAAUGUAUGAUCGAGAAGCCCAGGUGGAGGCCGAUAACGGAUGAGCAUCUCCACAUAGUCUCGGUACCAGACGAGAUCAUCGAACGAAUGCCAUACGUGGCGGCCAAGCCAGGGAUAUACGGGACGCCGGAUGGCUAUUGUGGUCCGAUUUCGAAUGUCAGGGUGCUUCUGAACCAGUGGAGGCGCGAAGACUUUCACAUGCGACUCCGGGAUACGAAAAUUUGCGGCGAACCUUACUACAGUCGCCAAGUGCAGUAUGGGAGGUUGAGUGGGCUGGCCAUGCCGUUUCUGUUUCACGACACAUUGACCCAGUUAUCGGCAGAACAAGAAGGAUACUCAAAUUUCUGGACCAUCCAGGAGCCCAUUCCUGGCUGCGCAACUCUGUCCGGCGUGACUCGCGGGAGCUUUUAUGAUGAUGUUGUGGACAUCACUGGCAUACUUGGACAUUUCGACCAGGGGCUCAUCCGCAAAGACUUCUAG